AUUGGCUCAAACGCUUCCGGGUUCUUCCUGGGGAUGGGAUUAGCCAGUCGGACGGAAACAAUUGUACAACAAGUAGACAUUUAAAUCGGACGGAGGACAUUUUUUCCACACCUUAGACACUUGUAGCCUCUUACCUGGACGUUGUGUCAGUGGUCCACCGUGUGACAUUGCCGAGGGACCGUCGCCUGUCGAACCGAAGUGGAUUACCGUGCUCGGAGUGGAUUGCGACCAUGAUGGCGUCAAGCUACAACGCCAAGGAGGAGGACGGCCACCACUCGGGCGCACCGGCUCACGGCGGGGCGGCGGCGGCGGCGGCGAAAAGCAAAAAGCCGGACAACACGGCGUUCAAGCAGCAGAGGCUACCGGCCUGGCAGCCCAUCCUGACGGCGGGCACCGUGCUGCCCGCCUUCUUCGUUAUCGGGCUCAUCUUCAUCCCCAUCGGCAUCGGCCUGUUCGUCACAUCGAACAACAUCAGAGAGUUCGAGAUCGAUUACACCGGCGUGGACGUUGACAGUCCAUGUUACAGCUGUGCCAGGAACUUCAGCUGGAACAACACAGCGCCGUGUCUCUGCUCUGUGGACUUCACGCUGGAGCAGCCGUUCGAGAGCAAUGUCUUCAUGUACUACGGCUUAUCCAACUUCUAUCAGAACCACAGACGCUACGUGAAGUCCAGGGACGACAGCCAGUUGUACGGGGACCGGUCUGCUCUGACGAACCCCAGCAAGGAAUGCGAGCCAUACCGCAUGAGUGACGGACAGGCCAUUGCUCCAUGUGGGGCCAUAGCCAACAGCCUUUUCAAUGACACUCUGGAGCUGUAUCACAUUGAUUCCAAUGGCACCAGAAACACAAUUCCUCUGGUGAAGAAGGGCAUCGCCUGGUGGACAGACAAGCACGUGAAGUUCAGGAAUCCCGGUGGAAACAACAACCUCACUGCCGCUUUCAGAGGCACAUCUAAGCCGGUGAACUGGAGGAAGCCAGUGUAUGACUUGGACCCGUCCGAUCCCGACAACAACGGCUUCAUCAACGAGGACUUCAUCGUGUGGAUGCGCACGGCUGCUUUGCCCACCUUUCGCAAGCUCUAUCGCAUCAUCCAGAAGAAGGCGGUCACCACCCCCACUCUACCCAGCGGCAGAUACGUCUUGAACAUUUCUUACAAUUACCCUGUGCUCAGCUUCGACGGUCGCAAGCGAAUGAUCCUGAGCACCAUCUCCUGGAUGGGAGGGAAGAACCCCUUCCUGGGCAUCGCCUACAUCACCGUGGGCUCCAUCUGCUUCUUCCUGGGCGUUGUGCUGCUCAUCAUCCACCAUAAAUACGACACCCGCAACAACAGCGCAGAUAUCCCAAAUUAAACGGCUCUGGGAUCGCGUUUCCUGGUCUCUGCAUGCAUGGGUGAUCCCCUUGCGGGGGGGGGGGUUCGCUCUGGACUGCUUGUUGAUUUGUUUGCGUGAAUACACUGGUCUCUGUGAACGUCUGUGGCGUGUUUUGCGGAGGGACACGAGUGUCUUCGGUGUCUCAUCCAAAGCUGCGUUUAUAUGUAGGACAUGUAAAUGUCGAACGAGACGUCCGAGUCCUGCGUCUCCGUGCAUUUAGUUUCUAGUCGGCUGCUGCGAUUGUCAUGGCCCUGUCUUUUUUUUUUUUUUUCAAUCUUCUAUUUAUCUAUACAUUAUCAAGGUGUCUAUUUUAGCAUUGCUUUGCAAAAAAGCUUAAUCAUUGAAGGAUGUGUGUAUUUUUCAAGUUCUUGUCCAAACUAUUUACUGUGAUAUGUCCUGCUGAUGAAUGUACCGUUAUAUUUCAUUGACAUACCUCUGGUUUUCGACAUGAAUAGAGGAUGAGGUGAACUUUUGCUCGCAUGCUGGUUCUUAAUGUAAACAUUGAUGUUUAAGAAGAAGUAUUUGACCCCCGGAGAGUCAUAGGAUAUUCAUUACAAGUAGUACCAAAAGCGUGGUCAUAUACACUCUGCAGUGACUGGUCGUAUAAAGAGACUGAGCCUGUCAUAAUCUCUAUUUAACAAUUGAAAAUACUUCUAUACGAUCUAAUGCUUAUUGAUGAUGGAAUCCUGAUCCUAUAACACUAUAUAUAUCCAGUAUUCUUGAUUCUCUGGAGGAUUAGAGCACAAAAACUCACCAGUUUCUACAUUCGCGUGUUAAAUCAUCUUGCGUUCUCUGAUGUCGACCGAAUGAUACUUCAAUGCACUUUAAAAGUGUCGCAUUUGUCGGGUUUUUCCCUCUCGUGUCCCUUCAUCUUCUGUCACCAUGUCGCGUUGUUGAUCAGUUAAUAAUCCGUUUAACUGUUGACAAUUUGAAAUCUGUCAGUUUUUAUAAGGUUUAUAGGGUCCAAUUAAACAACUCGGUCAGUG